AUGCAGCAGGCAGCAGCUGAAGCCCAGCACUGCAAGCAAGGGGCCCAAUGUCGCCUCUUCAGCACAGCAUCACCUGGCGGAUCAAAUCCUGUCCAAGAGCUUGGCGCCAAGGGCAAUGCUGGCAUGCCCACCUGGGGCUAUGUGGCAACAGGCGCCGGGGCAGGCGGUGUCUACUACCUCUACAAGAACAAGCAGUCCGUGGACGCUGAGUCUGCAGCUGCAAGGCAAGGCGGCGACUCCUACACGAGCCCCCACCCGACCGGCACAUCAGAUGCGGUGGUGCCGGUGGACCCCCCAGUGCGGAUCCCCCCCUUCAAGGGGGAGGACCCGGUGGAUGGAACGCCCCUCUGCCUGGACGACCUGCUGGGGGACUUCGCCGUUGUGGUCACUGUCGACGCGAAGGACCCGGAAAUCGCGCAGCAGGUGCUGGACCGCCUAAUGCAGGUCAUCGAGGGCAUCGACCAGAAGACAAACAUGGAGUACACGCAGCCUGUGGUGGUGGAGCAGAGCGGGGACCAGCGGGGCAAGGCCAAGGAAUCCGGCGGCAAGCUGAAGCAGCUGAUCAACGAGUUCCUGGAGAAGAUCAAGAGCAAGGCACACAAGACCGAGGCGCGCUUCAAGGGGCUCGCCGGAGAGGAGGCCACCAAAUCGAUCAAGGAGGCAAUUGCUGAGUCUGUCAGGGCAUCAGCCACGGGCCGCCCUGAUGCUGGAAAGGAUGCUGGAAAGAGUGGCGAUGAGGUAGGCAGCCCAGAAGAGGAGCCCCCCAUCCUCGCUGCGUUUGGCAAGGGCGACAUGCAUCUGGUGACCCCGGAGGGCACGAUAGUGGUCACCUACGAAGAGGCAGCAUUGCCGGAGGAAGUUGCAGACUCUGUGGCAGAGCAGAUCCUGGACUACAAGCGCUCCCACCCUGGCUGGCACGGCCCCAAGGCUGGAAAGAGGAAUGCAGACCUCAAUGCAGAGCGGGCGCCGGAGUAA